AAGUUGUCCUCUGAAUUGCACGGGAAUUAAAAUACUUCUUCGGAAUAUUAAGUCAACGAAAUUAGGGAACUCAACUUUACAUCAUGACUACCUAUGGAAUAAAAAGUUCUUAUAAGAGUGAACAAGACAAAUAUUAAAGAAACUAAAGACGAUUUUUUCUUUGAUAUUUAUAUCUUGGAGUGGCAAGAUUUGCUGAAUAGGUAUGCAUAGGAUGAAACCUUGAAGUGUAUACACAAGAGACAAUCGGAGGAAAAACGUAUAAAUCAACAGAUAUUACAAUAUUUCAUCGACACAAUGAACUGCCUGAUUUAUUACACAUCCGCGCUGAUAAUUUCUUUCAGCCUCUUCUAUGCAUAUGCUAAGUACAAGCUGUCCUAUUGGAGUAGACGCGGAGUGAAAAGUCCUCCGACACAUUUAUUCUUUGGUAAUUUUAAGGAUUGCAUCACCUUGAGGAAGUCGCCGGGUGAUAAGAUGCGCGAAAUCUAUAAUAGUGCCGAUCCAGACGAUCCUUACAUCGGUUUUUAUAUUUUCCAUAAACCACUAUUGCUCUUGCGGGACCACGAUCUGAUCAAACAGGUAAUGAUCAAGGAUUUUGUCGUCUUCCCGAAUCGGCGAUUUGGUUCAGGUAGCCAGAGGGAUCCAAUAGGCCUGGACAGCAUCUUGUCCAUGCAUCAGCCUAGAUGGAAAUAUGUGAGAAAUAAACUAACCCCAGUUUUAACCGGACAAAAACUGAAAAACAUGAUACCGCUGAUGAUAGAGAGUGGAAAGCCCAUGUUGAACUUCAUCGAGAACUUGCCGACGAACGAGGAUGGCUGGAGUGAGUACGAGAUGAAGGAUAUCAGUAGUCGUUACACCAGCGAUGUUUUGGCUUCCUUGACGUUUGGUAUUAACAUAAACUCUUUCGACGAUAACGAGAUCGCUUUUUGUAAAACCGGUGCAACAAUCUUCAGAGGUUUUAUGCGCGGAAUUAUAUUCAUUAUUCAGUUCUUCUUACCUGAUUGGGAUUUUUUAGUCGUACCGUUCAUUAAAAGACCUGCGAAUUAUUUUCGCAAUAUUUUCUGGGAUUCCAUGAACACCAGAGAAAGGCUGGGAUUUAAAAGAGGAGACAUGAUAGAUUCCAUGUUGACGCUCAAAAAUGGAGAACAAAAUCCCAUUUACAAGUUUGAAGGAGACAAUUUAGUGGCGCAGUCCUCCAGUUUAUAUAUAGCCGGGUUCGAGGCUACCGCGACUGCGAUAGCUUAUGUUCUGCAUGAUUUGAGGCAUCAUCCAGAGCAUCAAAACACUAUAUACAAUGAGAUACAGACGCAGUUAUCAGGAAAAGAAUUGACCAUGGAUCUGAUCAAUGGAUUGUCUUUCUUGGACUCUGUUGUAGUUGAAUCACUGAGACUACAUCCUCCUCUACCUGUCACUGACAGAAUAACUGCAAGGGAUUAUGAGAGAUAAAUAAUGUGCAUUCAAAUAAGCAAUUUGGAGAGUUACGAAACUCGCGAAUAGUCGCUGCGGCCAUACUGAAUCGUGACGUCAUAAGCGAGAAAUAAUGUGUUAAUUUUUAUUAUAUAUUAUUUGUAAUUGCGAAAACCACA